GCUGCGCCCCUCAGACUAUAAAUACCACCUUCUGCUUCCUGUGAUAGUCAAUAUUACCGAAGACUGACGAGACGAAGAUAUCAUUUUGCUGCUAAACAAAAAGCAGGUGAAGUAUGGCUCGUACCAAGCAGACCGCUCGUAAAUCCACCGGAGGAAAGGCGCCCAGGAAGCAGCUGGCCACCAAAGCUGCCAGGAAAAGCGCGCCAUCUACCGGCGGAGUGAAGAAGCCCCACAGAUACAGGCCUGGAACUGUUGCCCUGAGAGAGAUCCGUCGUUACCAGAAGUCAACUGAGCUGCUCAUCAGGAAGCUGCCAUUCCAGCGUCUUGUCAGAGAAAUUGCCCAGGAUUUCAAGACAGACCUGCGUUUCCAGAGCGCAGCUAUUGGAGCUCUGCAGGAAGCAAGUGAGGCCUACUUGGUUGGACUGUUUGAGGACACCAACCUGUGCGCCAUCCAUGCCAAGAGGGUUACGAUCAUGCCCAAGGAUAUCCAGCUUGCCAGGCGAAUUAGAGGAGAGCGUGCAUAAUGUUGUGAUUUUAUCUUUUUAGUGGGGGGUGGGUGGGUCUGACUUGGGGUUGUUUUGUAAAUCUUGAAAUUAUUACCAGCACGUGUUUUACCAUAUUCUUUGUAGUUUCAGGCAGGAUAGUUUUGUAUGUUAUUUACCAAUUCCCUUUCACUCUUGACUUUCCUUGACUGUACUGUUCACUGUAGAGUAGCGCUUCUGAUGUAUAUGCUGACAGAAAUAUUCCACUGCCUUCCUCAGGUUUGCAAGUUUAUUUUAGAAUGAUUUUACUCCUGUGUGUGCAUGUCAUAGGAUUUCUUGUGCUGUAAAUAAACUUUCCGCUACCUCAAA